AUGGCGUCCGCCGACGCCGAGAAGAUGGAGAUGAAGAUGGAGGGUACCAUCGAGGCUGCCCAGGAAUUGCAGCAGGACCCACAGUCACACGUUAACCCGGAUAUUAUUGAGGAAAAGGUCGUCAAGGAAGCCCAACAAGCCGGGUCUGCUGCAUACCAAUUCGACCCCAAUGCCUCGCCUGAAGACAAAGCCAAUGCCGCCAAAGGGCGAUUGCCGCCCAACUUCCACCAUCCCCAUAAACCCAAGGGUAUUGCCGUAAUUACGGAUAAGACCGAUGGCAAAGCAGACUAUGAUCUCCCUGCACCAGAAUCCGCGGCCGCCAUUAUGGCCGAGGAAGCCACGCGAGAAAGUGCGGGCGGGAAGCCACUCGAUGAGGAUCUUCGAUGGGCGCGCGACAGAACAGGUUGGGCCCCGAAGUUCGUCGAUGAGAAGUUGGCGGCGACUUUGGGUGAGGAGGGUACAUUGUUGGAUCAUGAGACGUUCUUGGAGGGGAGAAUCCCCGACAAGUUCUUUGGUGACUGGUACCAAAAUUGCGGUAUUAUCAUCUUUGCAUGCUUGGCCUCAUGGAUGAUCGCCGUGCUAGGCGGUGGUGUGGGUUGGGUUCUCAUGAUCAUGGCGGCAUGCAGCACAUACUACCGUACCUCCAUUCGUCGGGUGCGCCGGAACUUUCGUGAUGAUAUUAGCCGCGAAAUGUCCAAACAGCGCCUUGAGACUGACACCGAGAGCUUGGAGUGGAUCAACAGCUUCCUCGUCAAGUUCUGGCCUAUCUACGCCCCCGUUCUGUGCGACACUAUCAUCAACACCGUCGACCAGGUCCUUAGUACUUCUACUCCCGCCUUCUUAGAUAGCUUGCGCCUCAAAACCUUCGUCCUCGGUACUAAGCCUCCUCGCCUGGAGCAUGUCAAGACAUACCCAAAGACUGACCCUGAUACCGUUAUCAUGGACUGGAAGUUCAGCUUCACCCCGAACGAUGUUAUGGACUUGACUUCACGCCAGACAAAGGACAAGAUCAACCCCAAGGUUGUGUUGGAGGUUCGUGUCGGCAAGGGUGUCUUGAGCAAGGGCCUCGACGUGAUUGUUGAGGACAUGGCUUGCUCGGGCUUAAUGCGUGUCAAGGUCAAGCUUCAGAUUGCAUUCCCCCAUAUCGAGCGUGUGGACAUCUGCUUCCUGGACAAGCCCGAAUUCGACUACGUCUGUAAGCCCCUUGGUGGUGACACCCUUGGAUUCGAUAUCAACUUCAUUCCCGGUCUGGAGUCCUUCAUCAAGGACCAGAUCCAUGCCAACUUGCAGCCUAUGAUGUACGACCCGAACGUAUUCCCGAUUGAGAUUGCUAAAAUGCUUGCUGGAAACCCCGUCGACCAGGCUAUUGGUGUGGUCGCGAUUACCCUCCACGGUGCUCAACAGCUCAAGAACCCCGAUAAGUUCUCUGGCACUCCUGAUCCGUACGCAGUGGUGUCUUUGAACAACCGCAGUGAGCUCGGCCGCACGAAGGUCGUCCACGAUAACGACAGCCCACGCUGGAAUGAGACUAUUUACGUGAUUAUUACCUCCUUCACUGAUGCCCUGUCCAUUGCUGCAUAUGACUGGAACGAGUACCGCAAGGAUAAGGAAAUGGGUGUUGCUAGCUUCGCAUUGGAUAAACUUGAACAAGAACCUACCCACGAAGGUAUCUAUCUCGAAGUGCAGGCCAGUGGCCGCCACCGCGGUGCUAUCCAAGCCGAUAUCCGCUUCUUCCCCGUUCUCGAGGGACGAAAGAACGAUGCUGGCGAGGCUGAACCCGCCCCUGAGGUCAAUACCGGUAUCGCUCAGUUCACCGUGGAGCAGGCUAAGGAUCUCGACGGAAGCAAGAGUAUGGUUGGCAAGCUCAACCCUUACGGUGUCCUUCUUCUCAACGGAAAGGAGAUUCACGUUACGAAAAAGCUGAAGCGCACCAACAACCCCAUUUUCCAGAAUGCCUCCAAGGAAUUCCUCGUCACAGACCGAAAGAACGCUCGUCUGGGUCUUAUCAUCAAAGACGAUCGCGACAUCAUGCAGGAUCCUAUUAUCGGCCGUUACCAGAUCAAGAUGAACGACAUGCUGAAGAUGAUGGAGCGUGGCCAGCAGUGGUUCCAUCUUCACGGCGCCAAGGACGGACGUGUCAAGUUGACUCUCCAGUGGAAGCCCGUCGCGCUGGGAGGCAUUGGCAGCGCUGGUUAUAUUGACCCAAUUGGCGUCAUGCGCUUCCACUUCAAGCGUGCGAGUAACCUGCGCAACCUGGAGGCUAUGGGCAAGUCUGAUCCCUACGCUCGCGUGCUACUUUCUGGUGUGACUCGUGGUCGCACUGUCACUUUCCGCAACAAUCUCAACCCCGAAUGGGACGAGGUCGUCUACGUGCCUAUUCGCAGCUCACGCGAGAAGCUGACCGUGGAGGUCAUGGAUGAGGAGACUAUCAACAAGGACCGAACUCUUGGCUGGUGCGACCUCAAUGCCGCCGACUUUGUUCGCGAGACAGAGAGCGGUGAAUAUGAGAUCGACGACGAGAAGCAGGAGAUUACCAGCAAUCUGAAGAUUAGCGGCGGCUUUCCCAAGGGACAACUCUACUAUACUGUUUCCUUCUUCCCAUCUGUGCCGGUCAUCAAUCCCGAGGACGAAGUUGAAGAGGAGGAGGAAUCCUCCGAGCUUCCUAGUACUCCUGGUCCGGACUCCACUGAAUUCCCGAAGGGCCUCGAGUCCAAGCCCAAGGCUUUGCACACGAAGUCCGCUAGCGUUGACUCGAAGGCUUCGAAGACCUCCAAGGCUCUGUCUAACGGCGCUGCACCCAUUACUAACGGAACCGCCAAUGGCGAGCCGGCCACUAACGGCCGCACCAGUCUGGAAACCACUACAUCCCGCCCAAUCACCGGUACCCAGUCUGAGACUGCGUCUGUUCGUUCAGUCAAGUCCAUUCCCCGCACUUUCGUCAGUGCGGAGGAUCUCCCGAAAUAUGAAUCCGGUUUCAUUGUAUUCAAGUUCCACGAGGGCCAACUGGCCGUUCCCCAUGUUCAAUUGGAAGUUUUGAUGGACGAUUACAUGUUCCCCUCAUAUGUCUCCUCCAAGAUUCACACCACAACGGCAAAGUUCACUGAUGUCGGCGAGGCAUUCGUUCGUGAGCUCGAGUUCUCCAAGAUCACCUUGCGUCUUGUCAACAAGGAUGAUCCCAAGGACUCCAGUGAGGAGCACACAGUCGCCAAGCUGACAGGUGACACCCUGCCCACACUGAUGCGCAUGCUGUACACGCCUACCGAGCUCGUCCUCCGCUCCAAUUCCGGCGAGGUGAGCAAGGUCACCGUUAGCGCCCGGUACAUUCCGACAGAAAUGAAGCUCGAUCCAACGGAGAGCAUCAACAACAUGGGAACUCUGCGCGUUGACGUCCACGAUGCUGCCGAGCUGCCCGCCGCCGACCGCAACGGAUUCAGCGACCCAUUCUGCAAGUUCCGCCUGGACGACGAGACCGUGUUCAAGACCAAGGUCCAGAAAAAGACCCUGCACCCAGCCUGGAACGAGUACUUCGAAACUCCUAUCAAGUCCCGCAUUGGCGCAAAAUUCCACGUGGAUGUGUACGACUGGGACUUUGGUGACAAGGCUGACUUCCUCGGCGCCACGCCAAUCGACCUGGAAUCUCUGGAGCCGUUCCAAGCCAAGGAAGUCACAUUGCCACUCGAUGGUAAAUCAGGCGCGAUCCGCCUGAGCCUGCUCUUCAAACCUACCUAUGUGAUCCGUGCCCGCCAAGGUUCCUCUACCUUCUCCGGCACCUUCGCCGUCCCCGGCAAGAUCGUUGGCGCUCCCGUCAAGGGUGUGGGCUUUGUCGGCGGCAACGUCAUCCGCGGCGCUUCUUUCCUAAAGCACGGCCUCAUGUCGCGUAUCCACAAAGAUAAAGGCGAAGAUACUGCUUCCAUCAUGAGCAACAUCGAGGAAUCUGAGACCCCCAGGGGCGACCGUCUGACCCCAGCCGCUUCACUCGUCGAAGGCCCCAACGGCUUCUCUUCUCCCCACACCCCACAGAAGGAUCACAGCCGCAACCGCAGCACAGCCUCGCAGUUCGGCGAUCGUCUCAGCGUCUUCGGUGGCGGCGGCUCCGCCGAUAAAGGAUCCGCUAACAUCACCGUCGUCUCUGCUGCCAACUUCCCCACCGACACCAAUCUUCGCGUCAUCAUUCGUGGCCAAGGUACCAAGGGCGCCAAGGAAAUCCACAAGACCAAGGCGCACAAGAACUCCGCCGGCACAGUCACCUACGACGACACUUUCCGCGUCCCCAACACCACCGCCGACGCCCAGUACCAGGUUCGCGUUGUUGACCACGCUACCUUUGGCUCGGAUGAUGUCCUCGGCGAAGCGCCGUUCUUCGUUGACGAUCAGGGUUCUGUUGCCGGUCAGGAUAAGACUAUUGCUGUUGGCGACGGUGUAGUUACCAUUCGUUCCAGCUUUGCGCUUGCAGAUGCUGGUCUGAGACCUAGUACGUCGCACUCGACGGCAGGUACUCCCGAUGUCUCUGAAGGUAUGGAGAGUCCUGAUUCGAGAAAGCCCCGUCGCAGCUUCUUGAGUAAGAGGUCUGUUAGCGGGGUUUAA